AUGCCUCCAGUCAAUAUGACGAGCAGCUCGAGCAACAUAGCAUUCAAUAGCAACAAUCCAGUCCCCGCACUGAUAGCACGUCGAACCACUGUGCUAGCUCCACCCAGUCUCUCCACGGUGAAUCACUUGGACGGUGCGAUCGCGGCGACGGCAUCGUCCUCCUCAUCCUCAACUCCAGCAUCGGCAGCUAACCCAAGACCGUCCAUAAACUCGGUCUCGACACGCCGACACAGACCAGACCUGCAACAGGCGGUUUCGCAACCCACUGCUGCAGUGCCUGUCUCGACGCACGAGAACAUUUCCACAUCCAAGAGCUGGUUUUCUGGGCUGCACCUCGGAAGCAACGCGGGCAGCAGCGCGAGCACUGUCGCACAAGAGCAAAGGAGAAGCUCAGGCGGAGCGGGCGGGGGCGACGAUGCGCAAGGAUUUGCAGUGCAUCCAACUUUCAGAAGCGAUGCAGAAUCGAGAGGCGAUGUGUUGGUCAGAGUGGACGGUGUCGAGUUUUGGGUGCACAAGGAUGUCCUGCUCUUCUCGUCGCCGUUUUUCAAGAGUGUACUCGAGGGUGGAUGGAGCGAGUCUCGCUUAUCGAGACUGGUCAAUAAAGGGGAGGCUGACGCGGUCACACUGGCACAUACGCUUCCGAUGCAACAAGAGGGCGAAACACACGAUGCUGCGAUUAACCACUUGACAGGCGCGCAUCAUGUGAGCGAGCGCUCAACACGUUCGUUGGAUCGCGAAGCGCAAGCGCAAGCACAGCCACAUCAACAAGAUUUGUAUAGGCCAGAUGACCGUGUCGAUGUCACCGAAGAAAGCGCGUCCGAGCAUGCAGUGAAUCACACGGUAGAGCUCGAGUCUGGCCUUCUCGGUGUGGCCGAGAGUCAACGAAGUAGCCUGCUACGUGCUUCGUAUCAUACGGCGCUAUGGAGUCAAGACGAUGAAUCGAGAGGCUCGCAGAUGCACUUCCACGACACCACCGAGGACUCGCUCUCUGUAGACAGCGACGCCAAUGAUGUAGGUAGUGCAAGUGAAGAUGGCAGCGCUAGCGAGGGCGCACUUGCUUCAGAAGCAGACCAAGCAGUCCCGCAGCAGAAGCACACGCCAGAUGGCGAUCGAGAUGCGGUAAGUGCGAUCAGCGCACAUCAGCUGAGGCAGAGACGAUCAAAGACCAAGCACCUCGCUACGCUAAGAAAGCUAGAGGCAGCGCAGCGGGAAAAGCUGAUCCCGACGAGGAGCACCAGUAGAUCCUUGGAUACUGCGUGCAAGAACGAGGCGCUUGUCGAGACGGGCGCGCAGCAAAGGCUGGAAUCACUUGCUACUCCUCCUCUUUCUCGACGAGCGAGCGGCUACGACGACGCUCUGGGCGUACCGGUGACUGCUCCUGAACCCAACACGGAAGCAGCUGCGGAAUCGAUGCAAUGCGCCACCUCCACAGUCAACUCGUCGUCAGAGGAUCGUCACCGCGCUGCGGCUCUUCCUGCGCACUACCAAGGCAUCAUUUCCGUCAUCGAUCUCACCGAAGAAACUGCGUCUACGUUUCACGAUUUCCUGUUCCACAUCUAUCCGCAUCUCGAUCUGUUUGUCACGUGGUACAACUGCGGCCCACUGCUGCGCUUCUCGGACAAGUUCCAAGUUCCGUUCCUGCGAAGAUCGUGCAUCGCUUUCCUACGUGCUGCACUGGCGGGGCGACCGAUCGAAGCAAUGCGCCUGGCUGAGUUGCACGGCAUCGACGAUCUCUACCGCCAAGCUAGUCGACACGUGCUCGACAAUUUUGCAGCGUGGCUACCGGACGAGUUGGCGGUGCUGUCGCACGAGACGCUGUUAAAGCUGGAGCGUAAACGAACGUGGUUUUUGGAACGGCUGCUCAAGUUGGGACUCGCGAAUCCGGCGAGGGACUACGAGUGUCAUGCCGCAUGUCCUGAUCCACAGGCGUGUGCGAGGGCGCUGCAUGACAAGUGGCAGACGGCAUACAAGGCUGCGUUUAGAUUCAGUCCGCCGCAACCGAGCGUGAUAUUCAGGUAUCUGAGGGAGCUCGACAGUAUUGGCGUUGGCAUCAACGCAAGUAGCGGUGUCAGCAGUGCCAUCGGGUCGGUCACCGGUCUAGCAGGUGGAGCAGCGCAGGGUGCCGCACCGCUGCAGCUGAGCAAUUGUCAGGCCACCGCGAGGGUCUGGGUGCAAGGUCUGUUCGACCGUAUGUUUGAGCUGGGUACGCUUCAUACGGGACGCUUGUUUCUCGCGAUCAAAUUGGAUCCUAGUGUAACGCGCAACGUUGUGCAUAUGCAAUAG